CUUCCAGCUGCUGUCACCGGCAGGCCCGGCUCCGUCUCCACCAGCUCAGAGCCGCUGCUGCUGCUGCUGCUGCUGCCAGGACAUGGUCCACUGCGUCCAGGGACCUUGUCCUUUGCUGGCUGUGGAGCGGAUUGGGCAGCAGCCCCAGUGGGUCCAGUCCCUGGAGCUGCCUGAGCCAGCAAUGCAGCCUUUACCUGCUGGGACCUUGUUGGAAGAGGUGGUAGAGGAGACUCCAGCCCAACCAGAGAGCAAACCCAAAGAGCUAGACCCUGAGGAGGAUCUGCUGUGCAUAGCUAAGACCUUCUCCUACCUUCGAGAAUCUGGCUGGUACUGGGGCUCCAUUACAGCCAGUGAAGCUCGACAACACCUGCAGAAGAUGCCAGAGGGCACAUUCCUAGUCCGAGACAGCACUCAUCCUAGCUACCUAUUCACACUGUCGGUCAAAACCACACGUGGCCCCACCAACGUGCGCAUCGAGUACGCGGACUCCAGCUUCCGCCUGGAUUCCAACUGCCUUUCCAGGCCACGCAUCCUGGCCUUCCCGGAUGUCGUCAGUCUCGUACAGCAUUAUGUGGCCUCCUGCGCUGCAGACACCCGGAGUGACAGCCCUGACCCUGCACCCGCCCCGGCACUGCCUGCCCCAAAAGAGGAUGCUCCAAAUGAUCCAACACUGCCUGCGCCAGCGGCCACUGCUGUGCACCUCAAACUCGUGCAACCAUUUGUACGCAGAAGUAGCACACGCAGCCUGCAGCACCUGUGCCGCCUGGUCAUCAAUCGUCUGGCAGUCGAUGUGGACUGCCUGCCCCUGCCCCGGCGCAUGGCCGACUACCUCCGACAGUAUCCUUUCCAGCUCUGACACAGCCCGACGUCCCCAGAGACUCAUCCAGCCAGACCCUCAAGGCCGCAGUGGCGCUGGCUGGACUUGCACUCAGCUGUUCCUCUUCUAUUUAUCCUGAUAUCUCAGACAUCUGGCAACUGGACCAGGAAGAGCCAGAGGGGACAAGGCUGCUGGGGAAGCAGCAGGAGAAGAAGAAAGUGUCACAAUUUGGAAGCUGCACCCCCCCCCCCAUUGUGGCUCCAUUCAAGUGAGCCAGCCGUGUGUCAGAGAGGGUGCCAGGCAAGCCCUGGUCUCUCUUGUGAGCUGGGUCCACUUAUGCUCCUGAACUGCAUAGAUCCCCCCGCCCGGGUUUCUCAGUCGCCAGGAUGGGGCCGGACCCCUCUGCCUGCCAACCUAUCUCAGGUAGAAUAGUGGCCAGAGACCCAAAGCUGACAGUGGCAGACCCCAAGGGGGAGCAGACCAGACUGGGGAUUGCACAGUUCUAUAGUAUUUAUUUAUUUAUUCUCCUUGUAGUUGGUCUCCGGGUGAGCCAACCCCAGCUCUCUACUUAGAGCUCUGCGUGUUCUAGAAAUC